AUGAGUUUUCCCAACACUUUUGUCCUGCUGGGCUUCUCAGAGUUUCCCUGGCUGGAGAGGCCCCUCUCUGCAGUGGUCCUUGUCUCCUACCUCCUCACCCUGGUGGGGAACAGCUCCAUCAUCCUCCUCUCCCUGGUGGACCCCAGACUCCAGACGCCCAUGUACUUCUUCCUGGACAACCUCUCUCUGCUGGACCUUAGUGUGACCUGCGCCAUUGUGCCCCAGCUACUGACCAACCUCUGGGGAACAGACAAGACCAUUGCUGCCUGGGGCUGCAUCACUCAGGCAUAUAUUUUUAACUGGACUGCAUGUGCAGAAUGCAUUGUGUUGGCCAUGAUGGCCAUCGAUCGCUAUGUGGCCAUCUGCCGGCCCCUCCAGUACACUCUCAUCAUGCGACCCUCAGUGUGUGUGCAGAUGGCAGCUGUCUCCUGGUCCAGUGGACUCCUGAACUCUCUGCUCCAAACCACACUCACCCUCCAGCUCCCUAUCUGUGGACACCACACCCUGGACCACUUCUUCUGUGAGGUCCCUGUGAUCAUCAAGCUGGCCUGUGGGGACACCUCUGCUAAUGAGCUGGCUCUGGCUAUAGGAGCCAUCCCUUUUGCCGGGAUGGCUCCCCUGCUGGUGCUCAUCUCCUACACCCUCAUUGCCAGAGCUGUACUGAAGCUCCCUUCAGCUGAAGGCAGGCACAAGGCACUCAGCACCUGCAGUUCCCACUUGCUCGUGGUCACCCUGUACUUUGGUCCUGCCAUCUAUGUAUACCUCCAGCCCCCAGAAAAUCAUACUCAGGCCAAGUUCAUGUCCUUCUUCUACUGUGUGAUCACCCCAGUGCUCAACCCACUCAUCUACACCCUGAGAAACAAGGAUGUGCAGACGGUGUGGAAGAGGAUCCUGCAAUCACAGGGAGGGGCAAAGCCCUUGGACGCAAGAUGA